UCUGCAGUUGUGAUGAUACAUUCCAGGAGCUUCUGAAGAGUUUCAGACAUAAAGGACGUCGCUUCCAGCUGCCUUCUGGGAAAUUUAGAAGUGAAAUAAAGGAGACAAACCAACCCAAACGUAUGAAAGAGUUAAUAUCAGACUGAGGACUAGGUUCCUCUCCAUUUCUGUGACAAACAUCAUCACACAUUUGACACAAAAUACUGGGAAACAGAAUGCCAGCCAAGACACCCAUGUACUUAAAGACAUCCACACCAAAGCGAGGCAAGAAGCAAAAAAUACGGGACGUUCUUUCAGGAGACAUGAUAAGCCCACCGCUGGGUGAUGUGCGUCACAGUGCCCAUGUUGGGCCUGAGGGAGAAGGGGACAUGUUUGGCGAUGUGGGAUUCUUGCAAGGCAAACUCAAUAUGCUUCCAACCCUCAAUCAAAUGCCCGGCUCUCGUUCUCACAGCAUUGACAAAAGAAUGGAUGAGAUCUUCGAUGUGAACAGCAAGAGCCACACUUACCAUCGCAGUUAUAAUUCACAUCACAAUUCUUUCCUCAAAACCACCAUCUCCAUGCCGGUGUUCAUUGCUCCUGUGGAACCUCCUCCUAAACCCCCACGUCUGCAUUUAGACGAGCAGCCGUCCCCUGUUCAUAAGCAGCAGAAUCACCAUCACAGUCCGACACAGCAGCGCUCCAUGUCUGUGUGUGAGGAAGGGAUUGGGAAGCGCAGGGAUCCCUGUCGUGACCUCACUCUCUCUGCCUCCAUCGCAGUCCUGCCGCACCUGGUGCCAUCAACGGGCUCCUUAUCCGAGGCUUCCUCGGAUGACUCCAUGUUGGAAGGCUGCGGUCCGCUGGAGCCAAAACGAGGCUUGAGUCUGGACUCUGAUGCAGGGCUUAGUAAUGAGGACCUGCAGAGCGAACACUGUGAAUCUCCGGCUAUCUCACCCAGCAUGUCACGCUCGGAGUCUCUUAUGGGUUUGGACCUGGACCUGGGACCAUCCAUUUUGGAGGAUGUUCUUAGGAUCAUGGACCGUUAUAAGAGUGUGGAAGAGAGACAUGAGAUAUAAGGGGACUCUUUUAGAUACUGUAAUAUAGGCGUUAGCUCACCCAUGGCAUCUUAUUAUGCCUGUUUCAGAGGACAAUGAAAGAAUUGGGAUGAGCAAUAGCUGGCUGUGCCACAGAUGCUGCAGAGUUAUGGCAUAUUUUUAGGCAAUAAUCUUUACAGCUUUGACUCUGAAAAAUACAAUCCAUCAAUCUAUUCAUUUCCAUAAGGUGAUCCAGUCAUAGCACAACAUUGUUAAUUUAUAACAUAACAAGAGCAGUGUUUUGCUGGGUUUUGGUCAUUUUAGGCUAACUGGAGGUGUAAAAUAUUUAAGCAUUUUAAUAUUUGCUAUUACUUAUUAAGCUAUGCUUUGCAGGGAAAGGAAUUGGGAUUUUGGCUAUGUAAUACAUUUUCCUGGAAAAAGUCAAACAUUUUGCAUAAAGUUCAGAAAGUAUCAUUUUUAGUCAAUGUAGGUGACUAUUAUCAAGUAAUGACCCAAAAUGGAGUUUUGAUUUACUUCCACUGGAGUAAACAUAUUAUGCAGAUAUGUAAAACAUUAGAUCUAGGUGAUCUAAGAUAAUUAUUUUCCCUGCCUAAUAUGAGUACAAAGGAAAUCACUUUGUAAAGGUUUAUCUUUGAUGGGGUGUUAUAAUACAGUAUUUUAUUGCGUUGUGAUAUAUGAAAUAAAAUGAUCAUGUAAAUAA